AUGAAUGCUCCACAGAUUAGCCUGUAUGAACCUGGGACAAUAUUGACUGUCGGAUCACAUCACGCCAAGAUCAUCAAAUAUCUUACAAGUGGAGGGUUUGCACAGGUCUAUACUGCUGAAAUUUCACCUCCUGAUCCAUAUACCAAUGCCAAUAUAGCAUGUUUGAAAAGGGUCAUUGUCCCCGAUAAACAAGGUUUGAAUACUUUGAGAGCUGAAGUAGAUGCUAUGAAACUCCUGAAAAAUAAUAAGCACGUUGUUUCUUACAUAGACUCUCAUGCAGCAAAAUCAGUAAAUGGUGUAGCGUAUGAGGUAUUUGUAUUAAUGGAAUUUUGUGAACGUGGAGGACUUAUAGAUUUUAUGAACACUAGAUUACAAAAUAGAUUACGAGAGUCAGAAAUAUUGGAAAUCAUGAGCCAGACGGUUCAGGGUAUUGCCGCCAUGCACGCUCUACAACCACCGUUAAUUCAUCGAGACAUCAAAAUUGAGAAUGUACUUAUUUCCCAUAAUGGCCUGUAUAAAGUCUGUGAUUUUGGUUCCGUUUCCGGUGUAAUAAGGCCACCUAGAAAUACACAAGAGUUUAACUACGUUCAGCAUGAUAUCUUAACAAAUACUACAGCGCAGUAUAGGUCACCUGAAAUGAUCGAUUUGUAUAGAGGUUUGCCUAUUGAUGAAAAAUCUGACAUUUGGGCUCUGGGCAUCUUUCUUUAUAAAAUAUGCUACUAUACCACACCAUUUGAAAAAAGUGGCGAAGCUGGCAUACUGCAUGCAAGAUACCAAUAUCCACCUUUCCCUCAGUACAGUGAUAGAUUAAAAAACUUGAUACGCCUGAUGUUAAUGGAAACACCGUCAAAAAGACCAAAUAUUUGUCAAGUUUUGGAGGAGGUUUCCAGGCUACAGAUUAAACCUUGUCCAAUUCGAAAUUUUUACUUACUAAGAGCAAUGAGUCAGACUGCGCAAUUAGCAAGCGAACCACCUUCUAUGAAGUAUGUCCCAACACAGAAAUUUCUUCCUGCACAAGGCCUGCAAAGUAUGAAGCCAAUAUCGAAUAUGAUUCCUGUAAGUCAUGUCAGAACUACCCCCAAUCUGAGCACAUUACCUAGAUCUAUUGACGAUAACAAUAUGACAGAUGUAACAAAACAAAUUUCCUUACAGUUUGUGGGCGAUUCAAAUGUGGAUACUCCCUUAAAGAAAACGAAAUCCGUUCCACUCUCUGAUGAUUUUGCAUCACUAUAUUAUAGAGAACUACAUCCUUUUCAAAAGUCGCAAACUUUUAAAUCAGUGGAGAACUUCCAGUCUCCACAAAGAAGGUCAAUGCCGCCAUCAUCACUUCCUCCUGCUAACAGCAUUAUUUUAGAUAAAACACCUACAAUGAACCGUCCAAAUAACUAUGUUGAUUCGGAGACGCAAACUACAGAUAUCAUAACCAUGUCUGGUUCAAAACUAUCACCUGCCCUUACGAACAAACCAGUAAAUUCCCAAAAAGAAUUUAUCGCCCCAGAGAAUGUGAGUGGAGGCAACAUUGUGCGUUCACUAAGCUCUAAGUUGAAGAAAGUUAUCACUGGGGAGUCUCGCGGUAGUUCUCCAAUUAAAUCAAGGCAAAAUACUGGUGACAGUACUAGGUCCGCACUUGGUAUGCUUCGCCAUGGAUUCACAGGAAGUUCAAUGAACAACAACAGGUCAGCUUCUUUUGAUAGCAAUAAUGGUAGCAGUAAUAACAAUAGUGUGAACAGGAGAUUGGGCUCGUCGUCGACUUCAUCAUUGUCUGUUUUCAAUCCUGAUACUAAAAGACAAGAGGAAAUAGAUAAAAAACAGAAAUUAGAAAACCGGCGUAGCAUGCCUUCUUCGAUUUUGUCAGAUUUUGACCAGCAUGAAAGAAUUAACUCAAGAACUGGAUCAAGAGAUUAUUACAGAUCUCACUCUCCAGUCAAGAAAAUACAAACAACAUCAAAAUCGGCACCGAAGCCCAUUACAAAACCAGUUAUUGGCGAUAUCAACAUAAAUCAGGAAAAGAAGGAAUCGAUCCAAAGAAGAGUGCAUAACUUACUAAAGAGUUCUGAAGAUCCUUUGACAUACAAAUCCGCAUCAGGGUAUGGUAAAUAUACGGAUACUGACACAGAAACCUCUAAUCGACAUUCAAGUGUGAGAAUAACACCAAUUACCGAAGAAAAAUUCAAAAGCCGCAAUAAAAAUGGACUGUCAAACAAUAAGACGAAGGACAAUGAUAGACAUAAAUCAAGACCACCGCGCCCACCUCCCAAACCAUUACAUUUAAGAGCAGAAAUUCAGAAGGUAAGAAGUUCUAGUCGUUUACACUCCGGAGAACUCUCAAGUGAAAGAAUUUCCAGUGAUGCCACUGAGACUAUCGUUGAAGUUAACGUAGAUGACUUAGAAGCUGAUUUCAGAAAAAGGUUUCCUAGUAAAGUGUAA